AUGUACAUUUUGAAUGCUACUAAUGGAGGAAGAAGCAGUUUUUAUGGGAGCCUCAACAGAGGAGAUUAUGGAGAAUGUACUAGCGUUCUUGAUAGAGCCAGAGUGAAGGUGCUGAGUGCUUAUGACUUUGAGCAGCAUGCUGAUGCCAAAACUAGACAUUGUACCUUAAGACCUAACUCAGUCAUGAAACGGAAGGGAACUGCUGAUGCUGGCACGAAGAAAAGGGAUAAUUUCUUGCACCAGUCACUUUUUAUGCCAAAAGGACUUCCAGAUGGGGCUGAAUUGGCUUACUUUGUCAAAGGACAGAAGCUAAUUGAAGGGUACAAGCAGGGAAGUGGCAUAGUCUGUGGAUGUUGCGAGCGAGAGCUUAGCCCUUCACAGUUUGAAGCACAUGCUGGAAUGGCCGACAGAAGACAACCGUAUCGUCACGUCCGUACAUCUAACGGAUUGACGCUUCAUGAUAUAGCCUUGUCAUUGUCAAAUGGACAACGCAUUACCACUGAUAUCGGUGAUGAUAUGUGUUCAAUAUGUGGAGAUUCUGGAGAUCUGCUUUUUUGUCAUGAAUGCUGUCAGGCUGUUCAUCCAGCUUGUUUGAAUUUAGGGCACCUUCCUGAAGGUGAUUGGCAUUGUGCAAAUUGUGCAGAUGAAAAUGGUCUUGGUAGAAAAGCUGUUUCAGGAGAAUCUUCAAGGAUAGCAAGACCAAUUGUGAUACGAUUGACAAGAGUUGUUAAAGCACCAGAAUUUGAAAUUGGUGGUUGUGCAAUUUGCAGGGAGUAUGACUUCAGUUCUACUACCUUCGAUGAUCGGACAAUUAUUUUUUGUGACCAAUGUGAGAAGGAGUUCCAUGUUGGAUGCCUGCGUGAUAGUGGACAAUGUGAUUUGAAAGAAGUUCCCAAGGAUAAAUGGUUCUGUUGUGAUGACUGCAAAAGGAUUUAUGGGGCCCUCCAGAGUUCUGUUUCCAACGGGGUGCAGAUAAUUCCUACUUCAUUCUCAAAUGUAAUCAGAAGGAGGCAUUUAGAAAAAGGAUUAUUUAUUGAUGAAGCCACAGAUUGUGUUCAAUGGUGUAUACUAAAUGGAAAAAGCCAUUAUCCUGAAGAUCUGCCAUUACUUUCAAGUGCAGCUGCAAUAUUUCAAGAAUGCUUUGAUCCCAUUGUUGCAAACUCUGGUUGUGAUUUGAUUCCUGCUAUGGUCUAUGGGAGAAGUAUAUCUGGGCAAGAGUUUGGUGGAAUGUAUUGUGUGGUUUUGAUUGUCAGGUCUGUUGUUGUAUCAGCUGGUCUUCUUAGGAUAUUUGGUCGGGAGAUUGCUGAGCUCCCUGUGGUAGCGACAACUAGAGAACACCAAGGAAAAGGAUAUUUCCAGGCAUUAUUUGCUUGUAUUGAGAGGUUUUUAAGUUCACUAAAUGUGGAAAGCCUCAUGCUUCCUGCAGCUGAGGAAGCUUUGUCAAUUUGGACAGAGAAGUUUGGGUUUACAAAGAUGAAAGAAGAGCAAUUGAUGAAUUACCAAAAGCAGCUACAAGUGACAGUUUUCAAGGGAACGUCAGUGCUGGUGAAGAAGGUGCAGCAGAUUCCAAAUAACUCUGUUAAUCUCCCCGAUAACUUUCCAUCGGAAUAGCCAGCCAGGUUCAGCAAUGGCUUCAAACAUGACUUUUAAUUUGUCUUGUUGGGCUUUUGAACCCUCCGUGAAAUUUCCUUUGUGUUUUACAGAAUCAAACAAGCUUUGCAUGAUGACUUCUUAUUAUGCAUGCAUGCGGUAAACAGAAAACCUUUUCUUGACAUUUUAAAGGUUCUUGAAUAACAUAUUAGUGCCUAAAA